AUGGAGAUGAUGAGCAACAAGCUAUGUUUUGCCGUGGUAAUGACCAUGGUGCUUACGGUGUCCACCUUUGCUCCAGCUGCCUAUGGAAACCCUAGCAAGAACAAUAUUGCUGAGGCACCCGCCUCUGAGCCUGACGCCAAAUGUGAUGCAAAAAUCAUCGAUGCCAAAAAUCUCUACGAUGGAAAUUUUGGGGUAGCUGCUCCCAUGGCUAGUCGUCUCAACGAGGAGAGCUUGGCGUUGAUGUCAGGGAGGAUGAAAGAGCUAGAAACGAGUGGAGGUGUGGGCACCAUCAAUGGGUGCAGAGGCAACCUCUGCAAUUUUUUGGUGGCUCCUUGCCAGAUCGGCUGUGUUUGCGUUCCCAUUAACAUUGGACCUUAUGGGCUCUGCAGUGGCGUCUGUUGCUAG